GAUAAAAGCUAAACUAGCUGCGAGUACGCCCUGGCUCAAAAAUGGCGCUUCCCAUGCGAAAGGUCGUGGUCCGCUUAGGACGUUGCAGUUCUUUUGUCACGCAAAUCGUUCGAAGCCAGCACCCCACAACGGAGCGAUGCCUCGCGCAACAGGCCAUGCCUCAGGAAAAAGUGGAAGAGCCCUCAAAGCCCAGGACGCUGUCGCCACUGGAGCACGCCGACUACUUUGGCGUCAGUAAGCUCAUCUCGGUGAGGGAGCUCUUUGAGGCCCGUGCGCACCUGGGCCACAAGGAGGGGCUUCUGAACGACCUGAUGAAGCCGUACAUCUUCGGUUCCCGCCUGGGACAUCACAUCAUCGACCUGGACCAGACGGUGCCCCACCUGUUCAGGGCACUCAACUUCGCAGCACACAUCGCCUACCGGGACGGCAUCAUCCUCUUCGUCACGCGGAAUCAGCAGACGUCACACAUGGUGGAGGAGGCGGCCAAGGCGUGCGGGGAGUUUGCGCACACCCGCUGGUGGCGCCCGGGCCUGUUCCCCAACUCGGAGCGCCAGUUUGGCACCGUCACCCGGCUUCCCGACCUGGUGGUGCUGCUCUCCACCCUCGACACGGUGUUCGAGGAGCACCUGGCCGUGCGGGAGUGCGCCCGCAUGCUCAUCCCGACGGCGGCCGUGGUGGACACCAACUGCAACCCCAGCCUGGUGACCUAUCCCGUGCCAGGCAACGACGACACGCCGUCGGCAGUGGAGCUCUACUGCCGGCUCUUCAAGGAGGCCAUUUUACGUGGGAAGGCCAGGAGGGCCGAGGAUGCGAGAGCGGCCGCAGACACGGAGGGCGCAUCUUCGUUUCCCGCGGCGUCUGACAACCGACAGGCGGAAGGUGAAGAAACAAGGGACCGAGCCGAGUAGGACUGUUGCAGGUUGUUCAAGGCGUGUGCUUGUCACGCGACGGACAUUGCCUAUGGCUGUAGUCACUGGCACGAUUAGGGCAUGUUCACACUCUUGCAAUUGCUUAUGACCGAGUGCCUUAAAUACCUCUUGGGAUCUCUUGUAACGAGAGACACAAUGGUGCCAUCUAUCGGGUAGUUGUUGAACACUCGGCAGUUUCCGCAUAUUUCCUGUUCUUUUCGCGCAUCAUUCUCGCUUUCUUGACUCAAAGAACUUGUGACAUUAAAAGUGACCAUAUCUUAUUGAUAGUGUGUACAUUUGAUUUUGUAAAUACCGCAGAACCUCUGUUCUAGUAAAAUGCAUUUCCAGGGCAACCUCGUAGAUGGUGCCAGCGUGGUGCCAGUGUGUUCUCUCAUCGUAAGAAAUCACAAGAGCUCGGUCCUAAGCAAAUGCAUGUCUGUGAAUGGGCCCCAAGGUGUGUGCUUGUUGCGCGAGAUGGGCGUCACAGAUAGUUAUGGUCGCUGACAAGAUGAGAAUGUCAGGGAGGAGUUUUAGUUGUCCCGCCUCCAGCGCGAGCGUCCUACCUUCGAUAACACUCUGGCAUCCUGUGAGCCUGGAGCAUCCAUCGCAUCCUGGAAGCCGGGUGUCUAAAAGGGACACCCCGACACUCUCAGCUUCUCAGUGACCAUAGCCAUACAGAAAUAUGAAGCCAGGGGGAGUCCAGCUAGUAGUCAUGCUAUAGGGAUCGUUUUGGCAUAUGGUGCCGCCCUAGCUCUGGGCCUAAUCAGGGCUAACACAACAUUCACAGCCUUCCUUUCUGGUGAAGAACUCCCAGUUCAGCCUCCGUUGGCAAGGAUGUCGGGGGCAUCCAGGGUAUAUAAAGCGUUAUUAUCGUUACUAUGUAUUGUGUUCUGUUCCAUCGUGAGAGCAUGGCAGGUUACCAGCUUUCUAAGGAGUGCUGCGUGCAUUGUGCAAGCAGUCAUUCAGUCAAAAGCGC